GGCUCGGGGAGAGCAUCCCCUCGGCCCCCAGGACUUCCUUCUCUGGCCCCCAGUCUCAAGAUAGCUCCCUGGCUGGCGGCUUCCCGCUGCAUCGCGUCCCCUGGCGCGCAUUCCACCGCGGGAACUCUAUUUUAAGACCGUGUCAAAACAAAAAAAAAAAGUCAUGGAGAAGAAUGGGAAUAACCGAAAGCUUCGGGUUUGUGUUGCUACUUGCAACCGUGCUGAUUAUUCCAAACUUGCCCCGAUUAUGUUUGGCAUUAAAACAGAGCCUGAGUUCUUUGAACUUGAUGUGGUGGUACUUGGCUCUCACCUGAUAGAUGACUAUGGAAAUACAUAUCGCAUGAUUGAACAAGAUGACUUUGACAUUAACACCAGGCUACACACGAUCGUUAGGGGGGAAGAUGAGGCAGCCAUGGUGGAGUCAGUAGGCCUGGCCCUGGUGAAGUUACCAGAUGUCCUUAAUCGCCUGAAGCCUGAUAUCAUGAUUGUUCAUGGAGACAGGUUUGAUGCCCUGGCUCUGGCUACGUCUGCUGCUUUGAUGAACAUCCGAAUCCUUCACAUUGAAGGUGGGGAAGUCAGUGGGACCAUUGAUGACUCUAUCAGACAUGCCAUAACAAAACUGGCUCAUUAUCACGUGUGCUGCACCCGAAGUGCAGAGCAACACUUAAUAUCCAUGUGUGAGGACCAUGAUCGCAUCCUUUUGGCAGGCUGUCCUUCCUAUGACAAACUUCUUUCAGCCAAGAACAAGGACUAUAUGAGCAUCAUUCGGAUGUGGCUAGGUGAUGAUGUAAAAUCUAAAGAUUACAUUGUUGCACUACAGCACCCUGUGACCACUGACAUUAAGCAUUCCAUAAAAAUGUUUGAAUUAACAUUGGAUGCCCUUAUCUCAUUUAACAAGCGGACCCUAGUUCUGUUUCCAAAUAUUGAUGCAGGGAGCAAAGAGAUGGUUCGAGUGAUGCGGAAGAAGGGCAUUGAGCAUCAUCCCAAUUUCCGUGCAGUUAAACAUGUCCCGUUUGACCAGUUUAUACAAUUGGUUGCCCACGCUGGUUGUAUGAUUGGAAACAGCAGCUGCGGGGUUCGAGAGGUUGGAGCUUUUGGAACACCUGUGAUCAACCUGGGGACACGUCAGAUCGGAAGAGAAACAGGGGAGAAUGUUCUUCAUGUCCGGGAUGCUGACACCCAAGACAAAAUAUUGCAAGCUCUGCACCUUCAGUUUGGUAAACAGUACCCUUGUUCAAAGAUAUAUGGAGAUGGGAAUGCUGUUCCCAGGAUUUUGAAAUUUCUCAAAUCUAUUGAUCUUCAAGAGCCACUACAAAAGAAAUUCUGCUUUCCUCCUGUGAAGGAGAAUAUCUCUCAAGAUAUUGACCAUAUUCUUGAAACUCUAAGUGCCUUGGCUGUUGAUCUGGGUGGGACAAACCUCCGAGUUGCAAUAGUCAGCAUGAAGGGUGAAGUAGUUAAGAAGUAUACUCAGUUCAAUCCUAAAACCUAUGAAGAAAGGAUUAAUUUAAUCCUACAGAUGUGUGUGGAAGCUGCAGCAGAAGCUGUAAAACUGAACUGCAGGAUUUUGGGAGUCGGUAUUUCCACGGGUGGCCGUGUAAAUCCUCGGGAAGGAAUUGUGCUACAUUCAACAAAACUUAUCCAGGAAUGGAACUCUGUGGACCUCAGGACCCCCUUGUCUGACACUUUGCAUCUCCCUGUGUGGGUAGACAAUGAUGGCAACUGUGCUGCCCUGGCAGAAAGGAAAUUUGGCCAAGGAAAGGGACUGGAAAACUUUGUAACACUUAUCACAGGCACAGGAAUUGGUGGUGGCAUCAUCCAUCAGCAUGAGUUGAUCCAUGGAAGCUCCUACUGUGCUGCAGAACUUGGUCACCUUGUUGUGUCUUUGGAUGGGCCUGAUUGUUCGUGUGGAAGCCAUGGGUGUAUUGAAGCAUAUGCUUCUGGGAUGGCCUUGCAGAGGGAAGCAAAAAAGCUACAUGAUGGUUGGUUUCUUUUCCCUAAGGAAUUAAAUAUCCAAAUGGUAAACAGGUACUUCAAAGUAGAAAUCCCAAACAGAGCUGAAAAGCUUAUGCCUUUCACUUCCUAAGGAAAAGCUGGGCUUCCUGGUACUCUAGAGUGUCCCUGAUCUUGACCCAUAUUAACACCCCUCCUUUCCAGGGGUGGAGGUGGACAGGGAUCUUGACCACUAAGAAAGUGGGAAGAUUUCUUUAAUCUUUGUUUUCUUGGCCUCUUGCAGAGGGUAGGUACUUAAUACACACUUUAAUGAAGAAAUAAAUGGAUGGACAUGUUACAUUUUUGAACCCUGAAGAGCUAUUUGAAUUAAAGCUAUUUGAAUUAAUGGACAUGUUAUAAAAGUCAGCAUGGUUUCUUAGUCUAAUGCAAGAGAAAGUCAAUUAACAUGAUUAUAAUAGUGUGCCCAGUGUAAUAACAAAAAUGGCCAAGGAAUGUAGUGCGUGUAAGAAUGACACCAAGUUCCCUCCCCGCCCUCUCCAUACAGGGAUGGGAUUAUUAGGGCACUGUCCUGGGGGCUGAGAGUCAGAGCAGAAAUAGAAUCAGCCAAGCAAGUUUGGAUGGCUAAGGGAGCUCUUCAGUGGUGUUGGUGCAGGAAGGGCGAGGCAGAGUGUAGUGGAGCAACAGCUAAGCCAGGACUAGCAGGUCACGGAGAAGCCCUUGAAAACUUUUAGAAGAAAGACAUAUCAGAUCUAAAUUUUAGAUUCUUCACUAUACUAACUUUUGGAGGAUGGCUUUGAGUGGAACAGUUCUAGAGUGACUUCCAGGUUUCUGGUUGAAUAAAUUGGGGUUGGGGAUAUAAGAGAAGAACAGGAAGAUGAUGACUGGGUACCUGUGGGACAUGCAGGAGGAAAUGCCUAGGAGGCAGCUGGAUAAGCGUUCUGUGGUUCAGGAGAGAUGACACCACUGAAGAGCUCCCUUAGCCAUCCUAACUUCCCUGGGCUAGAGAUGGGAAUUUUGGAAUUGUCGGCAUCAAGGUGGUAGUUAAACCUAUGAAUGAGACCCAGGGAAUGAGUCAAAAGACUGGGAGGGUGGAAUCCUGAGAAAUAUCAACAUUUGAGGGGCAGGGAAAGAGAUGGAGGAAAACCAGGAAAGGGUGAUGCCACACAAGCCAGAAAGGGAGAAUGUUUCAAGGAGGAGGGAGUGGUCAGUAGUAAUAAGUGCUACAAUUAAGAGACAGUCAGAGAAGUUCUUUAGAUUUGGCUACAAGGACAUCAUUUGAAGCCCUUAAAACAGCAUUCUUCAAGCUUUUUUUCAUUAUCACUCCCCUAAGCAGCCUGUUUUUUCCUAAUGACCCCCCUCCAUGAAAUGUUAAUAACGUAGAUAUACUGUGUAUCUGUUAUGUUUGUAUGUCUAUCUGUUUCAUACAUAAAAAAAGAUUUUUUUUGCCCCAAGGACCAAUUUUUGCCCGCUUUGGGGUAAAUACAUGUUUUAAAGUUCCAGUCAAAUAGCAGGAGCAGAAGCUGCCUGCACUAUCUGUAUAAGUGGAGAAGAAAUGCUUUAAGUAUCUGCAUCAGCACACACUGAUGAAAAGAAACAGUGUGGAUGGAAGUGAAGGCUGAGGAGAAGGGUCUUACGGUCUUUAGAGUACAGUCCCCAAAGAGGUGAGAAGAGAGAAACUCCAAAGCCCAGGGAGAUGGGGAUAUCUUGGACAAGAGAGGGAAAGAAGGAGGGGAGAUGAACAAAUACAGAUAGGAGGUGAGGGGCAGAAAAGGGGAUCUGUGAGAAGUCAGGAGUACAGAAAUCUAGCAAUGGUUGUGGUGGUGGAGGGGAAGGUUAGAUCCAAGCAAGUGGUGAAGGUUUAGUAGAGCAGUGAGAGAGGGUGGGAGGGAAAACUGGCCAGGCCAUCCUCGAGGGCCCAGGGAAGAUAAGAGACCUCCAAUUGGUGUCGAGGUAGCAGUCUCUCUGGUUGGGGGGUUUCUCCCAUCAGCGCCCAAGUGUAACAGCAGAUUAGGGAGGUAGAUUGAUUUGGGUUGGUGAGUGGCAGAGUGAGGGUGACAGACAGACAGACUAUAAAUAGCAACAGAAAUACCUAUGAUUUAUUGAUCAUUUACUCUGGUCAGAAUUUAACUAAGUACUUCAUGUCCAUUAUCUCAUUUAGUCCUUACAAUAAUCCUACAGGUUUAGGUAUUAUUAGUUUAAUUUCAUAGAAAAGAGAAAGUAUAGAAGUUAAGUGACCUGGACAGGGUCAUGCAGCUAGUAGUGGCAGAGCUGACCUGAACCCAGGUCUGUGCGUGUCAUUCCUCAGCUGCUGUACCACACUGCGUAGAAUGUGGGGUGCUGGCAAGUGGUGCAGCAAUGCACUUAGGAUGGCUAAAGAAGGCAGUAAGUGUGGGAGGAGUCUGGUAACCCAGAGGGGCUGGGAGGGGAGGGGAGGAAAGCGCAUUUCAAGGACUCUUUCUAAUAUUGGAAGUGGAAAGCAAAGGAGCCAGAGGGGUAGGAGGCUAUGGUCAGAGGGGAGGACUUUUGAGUUAGGGAGAUUCUGGAUUAUGUAUAACCAGGUAGAAGAGGGCAGCAAAAGUCUUUAAGGCAAUUACAUGGACAUCUGUGCAUGAUAAAAAGCUCUGCAAAUAUGACAGUCUUUCUACUUGGGGUCUUGCUGCCCACACACUGCUCACAGUUUAUUAGCUACUGCUUGCCCUUCUCACCUCCUCUC